AUCAUGAAAAGACGAUUUGUGCCAAAUGUUUUCAAAAGCACAUCUUGGGAGAGCUUUCAAUUUGCUGGAUGUGAAAUCAAAAUUACAGAGACCACCGACUGCUAUGGCGCAUAUGUGUGGCCUUCGGCCAUGGUGUUGUGCUAUUACCUGGAACACUGCCAACGAGAGAUAAUUGAUAAAAAUGUAAUUGAAAUAGGAUCAGGAACAGGACUGGUAUCAAUUGUUGCUUCUAUACUUGGCUCCAAUGUGACAGCAACAGACCUGCCUCAUUUACUGGACAACUUAAAAUACAAUAUAUCUCAAAAUACAAAAUCGAGAAGCAAAUAUCUGCCACAGGUCAGAGAACUUAAAUGGGGAAUUGAUUUGGACAAAACUUUCCCCAGAAGUAUGUAUCAUUAUGAUUAUGUAAUGGCAGCUGAUGUUGUAUACAGUCACCCAUACCUGAAUGAACUUUUAAUGACUUUUGAUCAUUUAUGUCAGGAUGACACCAUCAUUUUGUGGACAAUGAAAUUUAGGCUUGAUGAGGACAAUACCUUUGUGCAAAGAUUUCAACAUAUAUUUGACACAGUAAUUAUAUAUGAUCUCCCAAGUUUACAGAUAAAACUGUAUAAAGCAACACGAAAAAAGCAGGGAUUGGAAAGGAAACAUGAGAGCUAA